GAACCAUUCGUUUCGCCGGGGUCCAAGGUUCUUCUGAUCUGAGCGAAAUGGCCGAUACAGAGGAGCUCGCUGCUGGUGGUGGAGGCGGGGCUUCUGAUAUGGGUGACCGGCUGGUAGGCGGGGCUAAGGACGGGGGUGACAGGCCGGUGGGCAGGGCUUCGGAUGCUGGUGACAGGCCGGUGGGCGGGGCUUCAGACACUGGUGACAGGCCGGUGGGCGGGGCUUCGGACGCUGGUGACAGGCCGGUGGGCGGGGCUUCGGAUGCUGGUGACAGGCCGGUGGGCGGGGCUUCGAAUGCUGGUGACAGGCCGGUGGGCGGGGCUUCGGAUGCUGGUGACAGGCCGGUGGGCGGGGCUUCGGAUGCUGGUGACAGGCCGGUGGGCGGAGCUUCGGAUGCUGGUGACAGUCCGGUCGACGGCACUGUCGUCUCAGAACCGCCGUUGGCUGACCCGCCAGGGCAAGGGCCCGUGACGGACAGCAGGGAGGAAUUCGAGAUGUUGCCCAGUCCCAGCGAUUCUGAUGACGGCCAUAUUGAAGGCCCUCCCCCUCUGGUCGACGCUGGAGAGAGAGAGGAGGAGGAACGAGGCGGAGUCACGGAGUCUGUGGUCAACCCUCUCGUAGCCCCGGCAGAGGAGUGGCUAGACGUUUUGGGUAAUGGGCAGCUUAUGAAGAAGGUUCUGGAAGCUGGGAACGGGCUUGACAGCAGGCCACAGAAAGGGCAAAAUGUUCGAAUUCAUCUGAAGAUCUCAUUGGCCGAUGGCACCGCUGUGGCCCAGGAUCCUAACCUCUCUUUCACCCUUGGAGACGGUGACGUCAUACAGGCGCUGGAUCUCACAGUGCAGCUGAUGGAGAUGAACGAAAAAGCCCUCGUCCAGACGAGCGCGAGAUACGCCUACGGAGACCUGGGGAGCGCUGAUCCAGCCGUAGGACCCGAGGCUGACCUGGCUCUGGAGGUGCGCCUCCUGGAGGUCACGGACGCCCCCGACCUGGAGCUCCUGCCCCCCCCGGAGAGGAUCGCGCUGGCCGGGCGGAAGCGGGAGAGGGGAAACGAGUACUACCAGCGUGGCGACUACGCCUUCGCCGUCAACUCCUAUGGCAUCGCCCUGCAGGUCACCGAGGCCAGCUCCACAGUGGAGCUCACUCCACAGGAGGAAGAGGAGCUGCUGGACGUGAAGGUGAAGUGCCUGAACAACAUGGCCGCCGCUCAGCUGAAGCUGGAUCGCCCCGAGGCCGCCCUGCGCUCCUGCGUGGCCGUGCUCGCCCACCAGCCCGACAACAUCAAGGCCCUGUUCCGCAAGGGCAAGGUCCUGGCCUUGCAGGGCGAGUACGCCGAAGCCAUCGGGACUCUGAGGAGGGCCCUGAAACUGGAGCCCGGCAACAAGACCAUCCACGCCGAGCUCUCCAAGCUGGUGAAGAAGCACUCGGAGCAGAAGGGGAUGGAGCAGGCCAUGUACAAGAAGAUGCUGGGAAACCCCUCGUCCGGACCUGUGCAGAAGCACGGGGCCAAGUCCUCAUGGGGCGUCACCUGGAAAUGGCUGUUUGGGGCCACCGCGGUCGCCAUCGGCGGGGUCGCCUUGUCCGUGGUCAUCGCCGCCAGGAACUGAAACGGACCGGGGUGUCGGUGGACUUUUCCCCGCUCCUGCAAAGAGAGCCGCCGAGCGGCCGCGCUCUGAUUGGGCGGUUGGGCAGGAGGGCCGCGCUCUGAUUGGGCGGUUGGGACUCCCGCCCUUAUCGGUCCCGACGGCCUUCAGUCCUAAUUUCUGCGUCAGUUUUCACACGCCGUCGUUUCCGUGAGAUUUUUUGAAAGACAGAACUGGACGGAUGAAUAGACUCUAAAAUGAUUGUCUCGUUCACGUUCGUAUAUCAAGCUACAUUCAUUUUAAAUGUGUUAUAUAUCGCUGAGACAUUUAUGGCUGCCAGUGCUAUUUAACUCUCCCCCCCUCCUGAAGUAAUGAUUGUGAAUGCGUAUGAAUUGAGCAUUUAGUUGCUAAUCUCAACUGGCUAACAGUCAGCUGGCUCAAUGUGUAUAUGUAUCUAUUUGAUGUUUCUAUCUGGUGUUUGGCUCUCCUGUUAAGAGGAUGGCCCUCAUGCUGAAGCCCUAAAAUUUUACGUGGAUGCUCUCUUUUUCAGUCAGUCUGGCCUCAGCCUCUGUCGCCAUCUUGUAAAUGCAUAAAAUUACGAGCACUAAGCGUAAUACUGUUGUUCUGUUCAGUGAGAAAGACCUUAAUUGGCCUCUGGGAACUGGGGGGAGUGAUUGACAGCAGACCGUGCAUGCUGGGAAGGGCUGAACUGAUAAUUGUUGGGAUUUUUUUUUAAAUGUGUUUUUGUUUUUGCAGAUACAGAAGAAAGACCUUUGCAGCUCAAGUAAUUGUCUGGGUAGUAAUUCCACAGGGAGGCUUUCUCUACCCCCCUUUGAUAUUUCUGGGACCAAGUUAUUUUUUAUUUUUUUUGUUACACAGGGAUCCUUCCAAAAUCUUUUUUGUAUAUUCUUUUUACAUUGAUUUUGCGUUGUUGUUCAGAUAAUGUUUUUUUUUCUAUUAAGCUGAAGGAUUACUGUAUGAAUGGAAGGACAGGGCUGUUUGUGUCGUCAUAUUUAUUUGUCAGAGGUGUUUGUUUGUGUCACAGAUGGAAAACAAAGAGAUGUUUUUCUUGCCCUAGACCCGGCCCUGUAUGUGGACUCCAGACAUUAAGGCGUGUGGAAGAAGAGCGUUGUGAAAUCGCUGGGUAUUUUUUUUUUUUGCAUGAGGAAUUGCGUUCUGUUGCUUCACAAGCCUUCUGCCAGUACUGGGUUGGACCUGAUGCUAGCUAGUGAUGCUAACGAGCUACAGGCAGCCAGAGGUUAGGUCGAAGCUGAACAAGUUUGGUUGAAGUUGAGCUGUGUGUUCGGCGUUUAAGCUCGAAGGCCUGCAGGCUGCUCACGAGGUGCAUUCGGUGUAUGUGUAUGUUGGUUCAACUGCAGCCCCGGAGAGCCAAAGGUCCUUUUAAAUCACCUAGGAUUUGCAAAGCAGUUUAAAAUUAUCGCCUGGCUUCGCACUGGGCCGAGGGUUCAGUGGGAUCAGUAAGGGGAGUGAGAAAAUCAGCAGCUUUGAAAGAAAACAAACAUAUUUGAAGUUUUGUCAGUGGAGAAGCUGUCUUUAAGCUUCCCUGGGAUGCAGCCUUGUUCCUAAACUUGUCUCCUGGAGCCAUUUUUUUCGUGAAAAGGCGAGAGACAAGAAAAGCUCAGGCUGUGUGUCAAAACCUUUUUAAAUGUGAAAAAUGAGACCUUAUUCUAAUUCGUGCUGUCAUCGGAUGAGUCCAGGUACGAGGUUCUUAGCAGACAGAGUUUAAACACUAGUCCACCAACCGCGGCAGGGUAGAGAAGCGACAGCACGACCAUUGGACUGUUAUCGUGGGGAUGAGGAAAGGAAUUGGGAGUGGGGUAAUGGGUAUUACACGUUACUCAUUAACUCAGACAGCUGGAGCUGUUGUCAUAAGCCGCGUUGAUCCCUCUCUGACGGGCGGAGUAGUCGUUUUUCCGGCGUCUUCGGAGCUGAGACCCGCGCUCUCGCGGCUAAUGACGACACCGCUGGCAGCAAGGCUUCGGCUUAAAAAUCCCGCAGCCCGAUGCGCCGUGUUGUUAAAAGUAGCGACUAAAAUUAAGUGCCAUGUCUGGUGCAAUUUUGGGGGGAUGGGUGGUGGUGGUGGUGGGGGGGGGGGCGUGAACUUGAACAAAAAUCCUUGUUAAUAUGUUUUUUUUUUUUUUAAUGUACUACAGUCUGUUAGUCUGACAAGAGACUUGUCGAAUGCCGAUGUUAAAUAAAGUGGUAAAAACUGCCUGCUUGGUGAGAGGGUGGUAGUUUCACAGAUCACAUUUCUUGCGAAAUUCCUCUCGACUGCUGAGAUGCACUUGAUUUCAAGAUGUUUUUUUUGUUGUUGUUUUUUUUCUCUACAGCCUAUAGUGUUAUUAAAGCCAUGUUUGUAUGCCUGUUUCCUGGUCUUGUUUUGCCAUUAAUAUGAAUAAAAACAUUUUCAGUUCUUUAAGAAAA